AUGCACGCGCGCCACACACAAAAACAGCCGCAGACCGCCAGGAUGGAAGCGCAGCCAGAGCCCCUCGCGUCAUCACCGAAUUACCGUUCCCUGCGCGCCGGGUCUGGCUGUUGCACACUCGGUUUGGUGGGCGCCAUCUUCCUCCUCCCUCCGCUUUGGGUCACACGCUCCUCCACUGCACCAGCAUCGUCUCUACCGCCUCAUCCCGACCCCCGCGAAGCCGAUCACCGCGAAGCCGAGCGCUUGCCCCGGUGCUCCGCCAUGCCCCCGGUGCUCUGCUGCUCUGUGCCCGGUGGAGGAUGGAUGGAUGCAGGAUGGUGCUGA